AGAGGAAGCAGGGAAGCCCACUUCUGCUUUUCACUACACAAAAUCUCCUGCAAUGUACAAAGUGCAUCAGUUUGCUUUAGUCGGGUGGAUCUGAAUCAUGGGAAGCUUGAUUCUGAUAAUUCUGGUAAUAAUUCCCGGUGUGAGGAGUGCAGACUGGGGGGUGACCUUCAAAAGUCAGUGUGCUUUGAAAGGGACGUCAGUAGUUAUAAAGUGCACGUACGACUAUCCUGUUGGUCAUUUUGUCACCUCAGUUAGCUGGUCUAAAGCCCAGCGUGAAUCUGACAGGUGGAGUCUGGUCCCCCUGUCCAACCUCCCGUCACCCCCAAACCACUUUAGAUACGUGGGCAACUACUGGAGGGACUGUAGCCUGCAGGUCAACGACGUACAGCACAGCGAUGACGGAUUUUACUUCUUUAAGUUUGUGACAACAUUGAACAGAUGGACGAGCAAAUCAUACGCUCAUUUGUCCGUGAGAGAGCUGACUGCUGUUGGCCAGCCGAGCACUGUGACAGAGGGAGGGAAUGUCAGUCUGACCUGUGUGUCAGGCUGUCUUACACCUGUAGACGUAGUCUGGUUCAGAGAUGGACAGCGUGUGCUAAAUCCGGUCUUCCAGGCCAGGAAAGAGGAUGCUGGGAGGUAUUACUGUGCCGUCCUGGGUCAAGAGACGAUCAGAUCUGCCGCUGUGGCUCUGAAUGUUCAAUAUGCUCCCGAGAACGUCACGUUGUCAGUGACCCCAUCAGGAGACGUCGUCAAAGGAGACUCGGUGACCCUCACCUGCAGCAGUGAUGCCAGACCACCUGUGGCACAAAGCGGAUACAGGCUGUAUAAAGACGGCCACUUUAUCGGUUUAGGACAAAAUCACACCAUCGCUGACAUCCAGCACAGCCAGGGUGGACUGUACUCCUGUCAGGCCUGGAAUAACAUCAGCUGGAGGGGCAUCGACUUCAUUAACUCCACUGAGGUUCACCUCGAUGUCCGGUACCAUCCAGUCAACAUUUCCAUCUCAAUGAAUCCACUGCGUGUCUUAGAGGGCAGCAGCGUGACUUUGAGCUGCAGCAGUGAUUCCAACCCUGCAGCAGACAACUACACCUGGUACAAGAGGACAGCUUCUCCCAACUCCACGCUCCAGGUGGGCUCAGGGCAGGUGCUGUCCAUUCCCUCUGUGGACGCAUCCCACACUGGACUCUACCUCUGCCGGGCCAGGAACGCACUGGGGGAAAACAACUCAACUGAGGUGCUGCUGGCCACGACGGAAGAGGAGCAUGGAGGCCAGCCCCUCGCUGUCAUAGCUGGGAUCAGUGUCGCUCUACUGGUGACGCUUGUGUUCGCCCUUCUGUUGCUCUGGAGAAAACAUAGGACGCAUGCAGAGAAACAAGUGACUACAUCUAAUCAGACUGUGUCGGACUUCGGGCUCAGUGGGAGAGGCUCGAGCUCUUCGGCCACUGAAGAGCAGUCCGACAAUGUUUAUGUCAACAUCCACACGCUACCAUCCUGUCCUCCACCUGCUACUGACACCACUCCUCUUUCACAGAGGAUCUCACACCAUGAACAUGACGCCCCUGCGUCUAAUGAAGACGAGGUAACCUACUCAACAGUGUCCAUCAAACCCAGAAACCCCAGACUUCCACACAGCAUAAACAACAGCAGAGCCAGACAGGACUCCUGGUCCAAAACAGGAGUGAAUGAUGACUCUGUGAUUUACACUACAGUGGCUAAAUCCAGCUGAGUGUGACUACAACCCUUCCCUCCUUUGAGAGCACUUUCAUCAUCACCAAGAGACCUGCAGUAUGCUGAAGGUCAUGUGGCGUCCUCCUGUUCAGAGAGUUUAAAGCUCAGCCUCUCAGGAGUGUGAAACUGAGAUCUCAGAGCAAGAACUUUGCUUUCACAAGUGUUCAAAAUAUAUAUUUUGUUAUUCUUUGUAUUUAUUCUAUUUAUGUAAGCUACAGUUUUUACAAGGCUUUUUUAUCUUUAUAGUUUGGUACAGAAAUAGUUACUAAAUACCAAUGUAGGUAUUUUAUUUUACCCUGAAUAUUUUUGAUAUACUAUAGUGAUGGUUGGGAAAAGAUUCUUGAAACACCAGAUUUUCUGUAUUUAUUUUCUGUUGUGUUUCGGAUGAUUUUUGAUUGACUGCAGUUUGUACAGUUAAGAUUUAGAAAAAGAAAUGGGAUAUUGUUACACAAUGACUGUGGGCAUUUAUUUCAAUGCAAGACUCAAUGCAACAAUUUAUAUUUUACAGUAUUUAUUUCUCUUGCACACAUAACUGCUAUAAAUGUCCAUACAUUCAUUUUGUUUCAGAGGGCAACUGGUGCUGAGCAGUAGAGGAAUUCAUGAAUGCACAUUACAUUUUGUUUAGUCAAGAGCUAAAAAUCAGUGCCAGAAAGCAUUCAGAGGUGUUCUUGCACAAAGUUAGCUGAGAUCACAUUCCAUCCUUUACUUUGACCAGGUGCAGGAUACAGUGAUAUCUACAGUGAUAGAAUUCUAUAUCAUGUUACCGAUAAUGUAUCUUGAAGGUUGUAUUCUACAUGUAUACAUUUUGUAUUCGCUUAUCAUUUGUCAUGACGGCCGUUUGCCUGAAGACCAGAGUCAGUCGAAAUAAUUCCUUUUGAUAACUGAGCAAAAUCGUGAGAAUUUCCAUCUAGGAUGUCCUCUGUUUGUCCUUAAAAAAUAUCUAUUAUUUGCAAGUGAACAUAAUAAAAAUCAGCCUCCUUUAAUGUGUAGUUGCCAUGCAAAAGAAAUACAAUCCAAAAUCUAUCGCUGAAAUCUUUUUGUGGCCAUUUAUCAUUUCUGGCAAAUAUGAUUGCAGGAGGAGAGGGAGAUUUUUACUAUGUAAUACCAAACACUCAUGCCAGUUAAUGUGAUGAGACAUUUGGAAUCAAUAUGUGUUGCAGAAAAAAGACGAUGAAGAUGAUUUAGGUUGUUAUUGCACUCUUGGUUUUAAGAUCUGUGGAUCAUGAAGACAUCUGUAACACGUCUAAAAUAAACAUCUACAUAAACAAGACAGUGACUAAUAUUUACAAGACAACAACAAAAUACUGAUUUCAAUAUAAGCAUCAUCUUCAUCAGACAGAACUUGCAUGAAUAAUUAUUGUUCAUACAAACCUCAGGCUACUGCAUAUAAAAAGUGCAGACAUGUAUCACACAAGUAAGAGAUUAACAAUAAAAGUUUGA